GUAGGCAAGGUUUUUGGCUGAGGUGUCCGUGAUCAACUGUCACUGUUAACAUGGCUGCCACCGGGGUGUUGCCUUUCAUUAGAGGUGUAGAUUUAAGUGGAAACGAUUUUAAAGGUGGGUAUUUUCCUGAACAUGUUAAAUGCAUGACCAGUUUGAGAUGGCUGAAACUGAACAGGACAGGACUCUGCUACUUACCAGAGGAAUUAGCUUCUCUUCAUAAACUGGAACAUUUGUCCGUAAGUCACAACAGCCUGACGACACUUCAUGGCGAGCUCUCUAGUCUGCCGUGCCUGCGGGCCAUUGUCGCACGAGCUAAUAACCUAAAGAAUUCUGGUGUUCCUGAUGACAUUUUCCAGUUGGAUGAUCUCUCUGUGUUGGAUCUGAGCUACAACCAGCUGACUGAGAUUCCAAGGGAACUGGAGAACGCUAAAAAUAUGCUGGUGCUCAAUUUGAGCCAUAAUGGCGUGGACAACAUCCCAAAUCAGCUGUUUAUAAAUCUGACCGAUCUGUUGUAUCUUGACCUGAGUGAUAAUAAUCUGGAGAGUCUGCCACCUCAGAUGAGACGCCUGGUUCAUCUUCAUACACUGAUUUUGAAUAACAACCCACUUAUGCAUGCUCAACUACGGCAGCUUCCUGCAAUGACUGCUCUACAGACAUUGCAUCUUCGGAAUACACAACGCACGCAGAACAACCUGCCUACAAGCUUAGAAGGCCUGUCCAAUUUAAAAGAUGUGGACUUGUCCUGCAAUGAUCUCAGCCGAGUGCCUGAAUGCUUGUAUACCCUUUCAUCUCUACGCCGGCUGAACCUCAGUACCAACCAGAUCUCUGAGCUUUCACUUUGCAUUGAUCAGUGGACACAACUGGAAACGCUGAACUUGUCCCGUAACCAGCUGACUUCACUUCCUUCAGCCAUCUGCAAGCUGAUAAAACUGAAGAAGUUGUAUUUGAACUCUAACAAGCUGGAUUUUGAUGGGAUCCCAUCAGGCAUUGGAAAACUGGCAAGUUUAGAGGAAUUCAUGGCAGCUAACAAUAACCUUGAGCUCAUCCCAGAAAGUUUAUGCAGAUGUGGAAAAUUGAAGAAGUUGGUUCUUAACAAAAAUCGCCUGGUCACUUUGCCUGAAGCUGUCCACUUCCUUACAGAUCUGGAGGUUCUGGAUAUUCGAGAGAACCCUAAUUUGGUUAUGCCCCCUAAACCAGUGGAUCAAACAUCAGAGUUUUAUAACAUCGACUUCUCCUUGCAAAACCAGCUUCGCUUGGCUGGAGCAUCACCAGCUACAGUUGCAGCAGCUGGCGGAGGAGUAACUACUCGAGAUCCAAUUGCCCGCAGAAUGCGUCUGCGAAGAAGGAAGGACUCGAGCCAAGAUGACCAGGCCAAACAAGUGCUGAAAGGAAUGAGUGAUGUGGCACAAGAGAAAAACAAAAAAAUGGAGGAGGUGGGGGAAGUGAAGAGCACAGACUUAAAGACCAAGCGCUGGGAUCAAGGUCUUGAGAAACCUCCACUUGAUUACUCUGAGUUCUUCACUGAAGAUAUUGGUCAGAUCCCAGGGGUCAUGGUUUGGCAUAUUGAGAAUUUUAUUCCAAGUCAAAUUGAUGAGGCUUUCCAUGGAAAGUUCUAUGAAGCGGAUUGUUACAUUGUGUUGAAGACAACCCUUGAUGAGAAUGGUGCAAUGAACUGGCAGAUUUUCUACUGGAUUGGUCAGGAAGCUACUAUGGAUAAAAAGGCUUGUGCUGCUAUCCAUGCUGUCAAUCUCCGGAAUUUUCUUGGCGCACAGUGCAGGACAAUCCGUGAGGAAAUGGGCGAUGAGAGUGAAGAAUUUAGUUUGGUAUUUGAUAAUAUUGCCUACAUUGAAGGAGGAACAGCUAGUGGCUUCUACACAGUCGAAGAGACGCAGUACAUCACCAGGUUAUUUCGGUGCUAUGGUAAGAAGAACAUAAAGCUUGAGUCUGUUCCACUUAAAGGCUUGUCAUUGGAUCCUCGCUUUGUGUUUCUCCUCGAUCAUGGGCUUGAGAUUUACAUCUGGAGAGGCUCCCAGGCCACACUGAGCGCAAGCACCAAAGCUAGACUGUUUGCUGAAAAGAUAAAUAAAAAUGAGAGAAAAGGAAAUGCAGAGAUAAUACAACUGAUGCAAAAUCAGGAGACACCGGAAUUCUGGGAGGCUCUGGGAGGACAACCCGAGGAAAUCAAAUGUCAUGUGAUGGACAAUUUUAAACCAGUGCGGCCUAAGCUUUACAAGGUCGGCUUGGGUCUUGGAUACUUGGAGCUUCCUCAGAUUAAUUACAAACUCUCCGUAGAGCACAAAGUGAAGCCAAAAAUUGAUCUUCUGCCAGAACUGAGACUGGUCCAGAGUCUUUUGGAUACACGAGCUGUCUAUAUUCUUGAUUGCUGGUCAGAUGUUUUCAUUUGGAUUGGACGCAAGUCUCCUCGAUUGGUCAGAGCUGCAGCCCUGAAACUGGGGCAGGAGUUGUGUGGCAUGUUGCACCGCCCCAAGCAUGCCAUUGUUAUCCGGAACCUGGAGGGGACAGAGUGUCAAGUGUUUAAGUCUAAAUUUCGUAACUGGGAUGAUGUCCUGAAGGUGGAUUAUACAAGAAAUGCAGAGACUGUGCUGAAGAGAGAAGGUCUCAUGGGUAAAGUGAAGAAGGACACAGAGAAAGGAGACCAGAUUAAAGCAGAUCUGACUGCCUUAUUCCUACCACGACAACCACCAAUGCCACUAUCUGAGGCUGAGCAAUUAAUGGAGGAGUGGAAUGAGGACCUGGAUGGAAUGGAAGGCUUUGUGCUUGAAGGAAAGAAAUUUGCACGACUACCUGAAGAAGAUUUUGGUCAUUUUUACACUCAAGAUUGCUAUGUCUUUCUUUGCAGGUACUGGAUUCCAAUGGAAUAUGAAGAUGAUCAGAAAGAUCAAGAGAAGAUGGAAGAGGACGGAGAAGAUGAAGAAAAACAGCAAGAGGAAGACUUCCAAUGCGUGGUGUACUUCUGGCAGGGCCGUGAGGCUUCCAACAUGGGAUGGCUAACUUUUACCUUCAGCCUACAGAAGAAAUUUGAGACCCUUUUCCCUGGCAAGCUAGAGGUGGUGCGGAUGACCCAGCAGCAGGAGAACCUGAAGUUCCUUUCUCAUUUCAAAAGGAAAUUCAUUAUUCACAAAGGGAAGAGAAAGGCCCCGGAGAAUGGUGUGCAACCCAGCCUCUACCACAUCCGCACCAACGGCAGUGCCCUCUGCUCUAGGUGUAUCCAGAUCAACACAGAUUCCAGUAUGUUGAACUCAGAGUUUUGUUACAUCCUCAAGGUGCCUUUUGAGAGUAUUGAUAAUCAAGGAAUUGUCUACACCUGGGUUGGACGUGCAGCAGACCCAGAUGAGGCCAAACUUGCUGAAGAUAUCAUGAAUAAUAUGUUUGACGAAACAUACAGCAAACAGGUGAUAAAUGAGGGAGAGGAACCUGAGAACUUCUUCUGGGUUGGAAUAGGUGGAGAGAAGCAAUAUGAUGAAGAUGCAGAAUACAUGAAGCACUCAAGACUUUUUAGGUGUUCCAAUGAGAAGGGAUAUUUCUCUGUGUCUGAGAAGUGCUCAGACUUCUGUCAGGAUGAUCUCGCAGAUGAUGACAUCAUGCUGCUUGACAAUGGAAAAGAGGUUUACAUGUGGGUAGGAACACAAACCAGUCAGGUGGAGAUCAAAUUGAGCCUUAAAGCUUGCCAGGUUUACAUCCAACACAUGAGAGCCAAAGACAGUGAGCACCCACGCAAACUACGGCUGGUCCGGAAAGGGAAUGAGCCCCAUAAUUUCACACGUUGCUUCCAUGCUUGGGGUACCUUUAAAAAACCACUUGCUUAGGAUACGCAAACACCAAUCAUGCCACAAUGAGUGAUCAUCUUUAUUUCCAACCCUUGACUUUAUUAUAUAUAAAAGUUAGGAUCAACCGAGGGGAGAUCUUCGAAGAAGCUUUUCACAAAAACUUUGCUGCGCUCCCUAAAGGCACAUUAUUUCAUGUCAAUAAGUCAUUGCAAUGAAGACUUGCUGAUUCACCCAAAGUCUUUGAGUUCUUUACGUCAAUGAUGAGGGGAUGAAUAAAGCUUGUGAUUGCAAGAUUAGGGAUAGAGCUGAUAUGGAGUUCCAUAUGCUGCAUGAUGGGGGCCAAUAGUCUUCCUUUAAAUCGUAAUCUGCUGUUACAGUGACCUUGCUGUGCCAGGUCUGUGUAUGUAAUUAUGGCUGCACUUCAAGAAAGGUAAGCUGUGAAUUUAAUGUUUACAGACUAUUCUAUGAUGAAGUUGUAAGCCUAGUUAGGGAGCCUCCUCAGCUCCUCCUGAUUGAGGAAAUACUAUUUAAACAAUACCCUCAAGACCUGGCACUGACUGAAAGCAAUAUUUUUUUAAGCUAUUUUCUUGUUUGGGUAAUUGGUGUCAAAAUUAAAGUAGUACCUAAUGAGGUCAAAUAUCUCAAUUUGAUCCAUGCCCAAGCUUACUAUCAGUGACAACUGCUGUUUUUUGUUGGUAAAACUACACAAAUGCACUGCACUGUUUAAUGUUAUGAAUGCUCAGCAUCUUGACUGUAGAUUAUAAAAAGGUGUGAAUAAGCAAAUGCCAGGUGUGAUUAAUGCUGUUUCUUAAAAAAAAAAUGGGGAGAAAGGUGUUUAUGCAUGUCUGCAUAAUUUUAAGUUCAAGUUCAAGUUCCCAGGGCAGGUAGUUACCUGUACUACUUUUUAAAAAAAAUACACUAUACAGGUAUUCAAGGUAAUGCCUUCCGAAUAAACCGAGUCAAUUGAAAGCAAAUAAGAUUUUGCCCCACUUUUAACAUGUGAACUUGGCACUUCUAGAAUGUGCUGAUGCCUGAGGACUAAAGGGAGCCAACUUGAGACAAACCAAAUCAUUUCUCACUUGCUGUUCAAAAAAUAAUGAACAUCAGUAUUACUUGCAUCUUAUUAGGAACACAAUAGGUAGGUCCUGGCAGUAAUGAAAGUGUUGGAGGAAACAACCAAUAGAUCAUGAUUCAGUCUAGUUAUUUAAACAGGCCAGCAGCAGAACUAAAUAGGAUAGAGUUCAGUGAGGCUGGAGAAAAGGCAUUUCAUUAUUAUUUAAAAACCCGAAAGAACUGCAGAUGUGAGAAACCGGAAACCAAGAAAUAUCUGGAAACUGAGCAAGUGUGACAGUUUCUGGGAUGAGAAUUCAGUUAUUAUUUUGGGUCCAGGGAACUUUCUUCAGAAUUGAUGGUAGGUAGGACAAUGUGUUUUUUUGGCAGAGGAUAGCAAGAAUAAAGAGUAAAACACUAGAUGGAGAGAGCCCAGAGAAGAGCAGUGGAGCAGAUGAAGGAGUAGAUACUAAGGGAACAGUUAGUGGCUAACAAUGGACUGUGUAAUAGUAGACCAUGUGACAACAAAGCCUUUUGGGUUGGGUUCAGGACGUGGGAAGAGUCUGAAAUCCUAAAAUUGGAGUCAAUAGUGAGUCCAGAAGGUUGUAAAGCAGAAUACGAGGUCUUCCAGCUUGUGCUGAGCUGUGCUAGAGCACUGCAGCAAACCUGAGACCAGAAAUGACGGCCAGUGUUGAAGUGGCAGGCAACUGGAAGUUUGGUCUUUUUCGUGGACAAAACAUAAGUGCUCUAUAAAUUGGACACCCAGUCUAUACUUAGUUUCUGCGAUGUAGGAGACCAAAUAUUUACCUGUGCUUAAAUUUGUAAAAUCUGUAACCACCUUCUAUGGGGUGUGUUUAUAUAACAGGCCAAGUGCCAUUGGUUCUUUAUGUACUGUGGCCCAGGGCUAUGCGGCCUGGUAUCAGACAAUACACUAGAUCGAAUUAUCGUACCUGCUGAAUGUUUCCAAUAUCCAUCAUUUAGAACAAAAAAUAAGGGUGGGGGGUGUAGGAAUGAGUUGUGGGGAGAGUGAUCUUAAAAUAAUCAAGUGUUAGCAGUAGGGAGCUAAUCAUAGGUCUACAAACAAAUAAAAUCGAGAGGUGAACUGAGAAACAAGGAGCAAUGGUCAUUUGCAGUUCAUGCUUGAAGACUGAACAGGACUGUGUGUGUGUGCGCCAAAUUGAUAAACACAGAGAUCUGGGGGUUCAGAUCCAUUGUUCCCUGAAGGUGGCAAUGCAUGUCAAGAGAGUGGUCAAGAAGGCAUAUGGCAUGCUUUCCUUCAUCAGACAGCAUAUUGAGUACAAGAGUUGGCAGGUCAUGUUACAGUUGUAUAAGACUUUGGUUCAGCCACAUUUAAGAGUACUGUGUACAGUUCUGGUCGCCACAUUACCAAAAGGAUGUGGAUGCCUUGGAGAUGGUUCACCAGGAUGUUGCCUGGUACAGAGGGUACUAGCUAUGAAGAGAUAUUGAGUAGAUUAGGACUAUUUACAUUAGAAUGACUGAGCAGACGGAAGGGAACAAUUGUGGUAGGUAACUCAGUAGUGAGGGGUACAGACAUGCAUUUCUGACUCCAGACAUUAGCGUUCCAGGGACCGGAUCAAGGAGGUUGCUGAACAGCUGCAGGUUAUUGCAGAAGCUGAAGAGCUGAGGUUAUGGGUCUGUCAUUGGUUUCAAUGACAUAAGUAGAGGAAUGUGGUCUUGCAACAAGAAUUUAGGGAGCUAGGUAGCAUAGCAAAAUGAAGGAUUUAAGGUUGUAAUCUCUGGCUUGCUCCUGGUGCUAUUGUGCAUAGGAAGGUAGCCUUAGUUUCUUGCAUUACUAGUUUAUUCUGGAGAAUGUGGAAUCUGUAUGAGUCAAACAGGUUGUACCUGAGCUGUGAAAAAAAACCCAACAUCCAUGGAGAAUGGUCAGGAAUCCAUGCUAUUCACUUUAUAUAUAAACAAUCUGGAUGAAGGAACAAGGGUAGUCUUGCUAAGUUUGCAGAUGACAAAGGUAGAGGAACAGGUAAUAGGACUGUAGAAGCAAUUGGAUAUGCUAGACAAUGGAACACAAAGUGGGAAAAUAUGACAUUAUGUCCUUUUGGUAGUCAGAAUAAAGAUGUCAAACACUUCCUAGAUGUGUAACAAAUUCAGAAAUCUGACGCACAAGGGGACUAGGCCAUCCUAUUUCAAGACUCAAAAGUUAAGCAGCAGGUUCAGUUGGCAGUUAGGAAGUCAAAUGCAAUUUUAACAUUCGUUUCAGGAGGGCUAGAAUGCAAGAGCAGAGAUACAUUGCAGAGGCUGCAUUUAAAAUUGUCAGCAGCCUUGACUCACUGAAUGAACCUUUUAGAACUGAUGAGGAAGAAUCUGUUCAGGUAGAGAGCAGUGAAUUUGUGGAAUUCAUUGUCAUAGAAGGCCAAGUAGGCCAAGUCAUUGAAUGUAUUUAAAAUGACUCAAGUAGUAAGAGAUCAAAAAAAAGUUACAGGGAGAAAGCAACAACAGGUGUGACAAACAUACACCGUAAAUCAAGCCUUGAGCUGAACAGCCUGGUUCUGCUUCUGCUUCUCUGGCCCUUUUAUCCCAAUUGCUGCCAAAUUGGUUUAGAGGGGAUGUACAAUUGUUUGAGGAAUUCCUCUAUGACUGUAGAAGAAACAUCAAAUCAGACUAUGAGGUGGAGUCUGUGCAGUUAAGGAGCUGGGCCAGGUUGGAUCACAUUGAUGUCCUCCUCAGCCGGACUGUUAAGGCUGCUUGCAUUAAAAUCAAUCUAUUUGAAACUCAGUGCCCUGAAAGAGUGGUAUAGGUGGGGACCAUAUUUUACUAGUAUUGAGUCACGUAGAACAUGCACAAGGGUUAGUUCAGACAAUGUACUCAAGGGCUUUUUUUCUGUGCUGUGGAUCUGAGUUAUUCUACAUUUCAGUCAAAAAGACAAUGAAAUCACUUCACUUAGAAGUACUGUUUGGGGUCCUGGCUACUGGCAAGAGUAAAAAAGCACUUAAGUGUAGAUUUUAAUGAUAUUUACAUGACCAAACAUUGGGGAAGUGUGCUACAGGCAACUUUUUUUCUUUAAGGAAAAUCAUGCUGACUGAGCAUAAAUCAGUGGUCUCCAAAAAUUUCAGCUUGUACUAAUUACAGCCCGAGUUCCUGCCCUGCAAUGAAAUGUGGGGAAAAAAAAAUACAUCACCACCUCCUGCUUUGCUUUGGAUCAAGAAACACCCAGGUGUUCAAUUUGUCUCAGUUCACAAAAUAAAGGCUCUCUAUCUCACAGAAAAGGGGUGAAUGCAGGAGUUGGUUUUUGGCAGACUCUAAAUUCUUCUCUGAAGGUUAUAUUCUGUCACAGCUAUAAAGCAGGCUGCCAUCUUUUGCAGCAGCAGGCAAAUUCUAAAUCCUUAAAGAAAACAAAAACAGGCACUGCACGGCAUUUGUGCUACAUUUCAUUUCAACCUCUACAACUUCAGGGAGGCAUUUAAAUGAUCUAAUCUGUGGCUGUGUAUUUAAGCCAUCGACCAAACCUUCAGUGGACCAGACUACUGGCUAGAGAGAGUGUGUAAUUUCAAGUUUUCUUCAAAUUGAACUGACAGGCAUGGUUUGGCUUAAAAGAAAGGACAGUAGGUUGAGUAUCAAAGGUGAAAACUUUCUGCAGUUUGGUAUCACAUGAUGAACACUGAAGAUAAAUGUAAAAAAGUGGAGUUAAAUACAUGGAAAUCACAACAUGAUUUUCAUUCAGGCUUUUGCUGAUUUAGGAAAGCAAAAGGAGUUUGUGUUGAAUUGCUCCAGGUAGUAUCCUUUUUACAUUGUCCUAUUAUUUGUAGCAAGUUAUACAAAAGGUCACCCCACACUCGAGUACCAGGGAAGACUUAAGAACACACUUUUGUUUCCCCAGUGAUCAUCAUGGCUCCAUUCCCUUACCACCAAUUUGACAACCUUGUAAUUAUAUGAUUUGUUAUACUAGAUCUCACACCUGCAUAAAAAAAUUAUAGGAGAGACUGAUUACUUUAUUUCUAAAAAGAUUAAUCCAUUAGAUAACAUGUGUUUCUGUAACUUAUUCUACUAGAAAAUGUUAUUGUAAACAGCAUUUUUAAAAAAAAACAAGGUUUCAUAGGGUCUGUUACAUCAAUAUCAAAAUAAGCCUCCAAUGUAAAGACCAACCAAAAACACAAAUGCUAUCAGCUUUCCACAAGGAAAUAAACAACCUUGUGAACAAACCCAUGUAGAAAUUAUGGUUGAAGAAUCUCUUGUAAAAAGGAGGAAUAUUUACAAAUAAAUUGUACCAUUCUGUUCAGACAAUCAGUUUGGAACACUAGAAAUAAUAAUAUUUACAGGGACCGAGUGUGAAAUGAAAUCAUACCAGUGCAGCACUUGAUAACAGCCAAAGGUCUCGACUUUGGAACACAGUGCAUAUGAGAGAGAUAUGUACUGCAAGUGCACAACACCGCCCCAUUGGACUUGUCUAAUCACAUCACCAGUGAAACAAAAUUUAAUUGCCAGAAGAGACUUCAGCAUGAUCAGAUAAUUUAAACAAUUCUAGAUUUUUAAAACAGACCAACUUUCUGUACAGAUGAAGCUUUUAAGACUUACAAUCACAUAGAAACUGUCCACAAGAGAAACAGCAGCAAAUUUCUGCAAUUUAAUUUCAUGAUCAACUCUGAAAAGAAU